AUGACUCUUAAAUCACCCAAAGCAAUUUGGGAUUAUCUGAAAGAGGAAUACGCUGGAGAUGAUAGAAUACGAAGCAUGCAGGUGCUAAAUUUAAGGAGGGAAUUUGAGCUUCAAAGGAUGAAAGAGUCAGAGACAAUCAAAGAAUACUCAAACAAAUUGUUGAGUAUUGCCAACAAGAUAAAGUUGUUGAGAAGUGAUUUUGCUAAUUCGAGAAUUGUAGAGAAAAUUUUGGUAACGGUGCCGAAGAGGUAUGAAGCAUCUAUAGCUUCAUUGGAGAACACAAAGGAUCUGUCAAAAAUCACAUUGGCAGAAGUGCUACAUGCCCUGCAAGCUCAAGAGCAGCGAAGGUUGAUGAGGCUAGAUAUAUCGUGUUGUCGAAGGUGCUUUGCCCGCCAAACAUCAUGA